AUGGAUAAAUUUCUCUUACAUUGUCGGUUUCGUAAUGGAAUGCUUUGCUUUCAUGUUGAAGAUCAACACAAGAUCCAAGGAAUAGGUGCUGGUGUCAUCCCUAGUAUUUUGGAUGUCAACAUUCUUGAUGAAGUUGUUACAGUAUCUAGUGAAGAAUCUAUCGAAACUGCUAAGCUUUUUGCACUGAAAGAAGGUUUGCUGGUAGGGAUUUUACCAGGAGCUGCUGCUGCUGCUGCAAUAAAGGUAGCAAAGAGGCCAGAAAAUGCUGGAAAACUCGUUGUUAUUUUCCCCAGCUUCGGAGAGCAUUAUCUGUCAACAAUACUGUUUGACUCCUUUAGGCAUGAGGCAGAAAACAUGGCUAUUGAAUGA